AUGGAGCUCUUGUGCCUUUUGAUGUGGCUCUUGUUUGGAUCCGUCAAGGGGAACAGGCCAGGUAAAACAUGCCCAACUCUUCCAACAACCGAAUUUGCUGAUGUUACUGCUGAAGCGUAUCCACUGGGGACCAGACUGUACUAUGAAUGUGACAGUGGCUACACAAGAAGAAGUGGGCAGUACUCAGGAAUUCGGUGUCAGAGUAUACAGCAGGUUGCUUCUUGGGUCUACAAGGAAUUUGAAUGCAUUGAUGAGAAAGUUUUGUUGUCAGCGGCUCCCACAAUGAAGUUAGAUGCUACACAGAAGCCAGAAAGAGAAACACAGAAGAGCCCUGCAUCCCAGAAGCAAGUAAACCUUUCAGAGUCUGCCCAGAAAGAUUUCUGUGGUCCUCCCAAGACUAUUCCACAUGCCUUUUUAAGCCUGAGCAAACAGUUUUACGUGGGACAAGUAUUACAUUUCAAAUGCCAGAGUGGGUAUGAUAAGCAACCUCCCACUUCUGGCACCCGUGAGUGCAAGAAGGUGAAUGGCAAAAUCGACUGGACCCCCCUUGACUUGCAAUGCACCAAUGACAGCAAAGAGUGGCUGCCACAGACCAUUGAGCCAGGUUCGACUCAUCCACCCUUUUCCUCAUCUGUGAUACUGCCAGUGACAGGACAGGAUGUGGCAGCAUGUUCAGCUGUGGAAUAG